AUGGCUGUCAAAGGAUUAGGAGAAUUAGAUAGACAAUACGAUGUUGAAGGAGCAGUGAAACGAUUGAAAGAGUUGGGAGUCAAGCAAGAAAACAUAAUCGUUGAAACAGUACCUGGAUCGUUUGAAUUACCAUUCGGCUCAAAACUAUUCUAUGAACAACAAAAGCGGAAAGGUACGCCAUUGGAUGCAAUCAUCCCCAUUGGUGUUUUGAUCAAAGGAUCAACUAUGCAUUUCGAAUAUAUUUGUGAUUCGACCACAAAUCAAUUGAUGAAGUUGAAUUUCGAAUUGGGUGUUCCGGUAAUCUUUGGUGUUUUGACUUGUUUGACUGAAGAACAAGCUGAGGCUAGAGCUGGGUUGAUUCCUGGCAAGAUGCACAAUCACGGUGAGGAUUGGGGUGCCGCUGCUGUUGAAAUGGCUACAAAAUUUAACUAA